ACGUCAGCGGCGCGGCUGCCUUCCGGUGGAGGUGACAGUGACUGAGGAAACUCGUCCUGCCGCAGUCGCUUUCUAACAGGCCCCUGUUCCUACGGAUAAACUUGUUCAGCCUGUCGCCCCUAGGAUCGGUGGGGGGGGGGGCGGAAAAGACAGGCCCAUCGCCCUCCCGCUCCGACUGUCGACUUCGUUUUCUGUGGGGUGGGCUUCUGAAGCGUUAACUGGGUGGCUAAGAUGGCGGCCGCGGGGAGCGGGGAAGAAGAGCGCAGCCUGCGAGAGUGUGAGCAGUAUGUCCACAAGCACAACAUCCAGCAGGUCCUCAAGGACUGCAUCGUUCAGCUCUGCAUCGCCAGGCCCGAGAAACCCAUCACCUACCUCAGGGAAUACUUCGAGAAACUCGAGAAAGACGAAGCAAAACAAAUGCACAAUCAACAGAAAUCAGGUUCUCGAUCUGACUCACGUGAGGAUGAAAUUUCUCCACCUCCGCCCAUGAACCCAGUGGUGAAGGGCCGACGGCGGCGCGGGGCAAUUAGUGCUGAGGUUUACACUGAAGAAGAUGCUGCGUCCUAUGUGAGAAAGGUAAUUCCUAAGGAUUACAAGACUAUGGCAGCUCUGGCCAAGGCCAUUGAAAAGAAUGUGCUGUUCUCGCAUUUGGAUGACAAUGAAAGAAGUGAUAUUUUUGAUGCAAUGUUUCCAGUCACUUACAUUGCUGGUGAAACUGUCAUUCAACAAGGUGAUGAAGGCGAUAACUUCUAUGUCAUUGAUCAAGGAGAGAUGGAUGUUUACGUUAACAACGAAUGGGUAACCAGUAUUGGGGAAGGUGGCAGUUUUGGAGAACUUGCAUUGAUUUAUGGAACCCCAAGAGCAGCAACUGUCAGAGCAAAGACCAAUGUGAAAUUGUGGGGUAUUGACCGGGACAGUUAUAGAAGAAUCUUAAUGGGAAGUACAUUAAGAAAGAGAAAGAUGUAUGAAGAGUUCCUUAGUAAGGUCUCCAUUUUGGAAUCUCUGGAUAAAUGGGAGCGUUUGACUGUGGCUGAUGCACUGGAACCAGUACAGUUUGAAGAUGGACAGAAGAUUGUCGUGCAAGGAGAACCGGGCGAUGAAUUUUUCAUUAUUUUAGAGGGUACAGCAGCUGUGUUACAGCGCAGGUCAGAAAACGAAGAGUUUGUAGAAGUUGGAAGAUUGGGGCCAUCAGAUUAUUUUGGUGAGAUUGCUCUUCUGAUGAAUCGUCCCCGCGCUGCCACUGUGGUGGCACGUGGUCCAUUGAAGUGUGUGAAACUGGACAGACCUCGGUUUGAACGUGUCCUGGGUCCUUGUUCCGACAUACUCAAACGAAACAUCCAGCAGUACAACAGCUUUGUAUCGCUGUCUGUCUGAAAUCUUCUCCUCCACUGCUGCAGCAUCUGCCAGAGCGAACUGCCUCACUUGUCUAAAAUGCCGCUUCCUGUGGCAAGACCACCACCAGUCCCACAGCUUCCUAAUCGUCAGAGAAAGCAUUCCCUUUGUAGCAUUCAAUGUCACAUUUGCUUUGCGUGUUUCUCACAUUGCAUCAGCUUUCUACACAGUCAAAACAGCUUCAUCUAAGAUUUUUUUUUUGUUUGGUGCUUGUAUGUAGAACUCCUCCCAUUGGUUCUUAUUUAUAAAAAUUAAAACUUUGCUGUUUUAACUGAACAGUGUGAUUGAUACCCAGAAAAUAAAGCUUUAGGUUGGUGAUAUGAGCAGAGGAUUUUGAACCCUUUAACUUGCUCUGUUUCAAGGUAUGUUGUAGUGCAUUCAUGAGCCUUGAAUCUCUAAAAAUUGUACACCUGGAAAAUCUUGGGUUUUAGGCUGGACAGUUUCAAAAUUAUUUUUGGGACAUCUCAAGUUAACGUGUUUUUCAUUUGGCCAAGGCAAAAUGCUAAAAUAUGAAUAUACUCUAAAAUAUUUCUAUGUAGCAUUUGCACUUGACAAUACAGUGCUGGGGGAGGUGGGGGGGGUGGACGGUGAAAACAUCUAAAGUGAGAUGUUAGAUUUUUCUUCACGUCUUAGUUUUAAGAAAAAAAUUACAUUUUAACUUUUUUCUUGGAAGCAAUUUUAAAAGCAUUCGAAAUUGUGUUUCUUUUUAAAAGUAGCUUCAGAUCUUGCUUUGAGGGUUCUAUUGGCCUGUGAUUUUUGUCAAAUUUAUUCGCAUCACUCCAUUUGCACACCGUUUCAUUCAGAUCUUCUUAUCAAAAGCAUAAGGUAAAAGCUUGUUUUUUUUUUUGGUCACUAAUUUCUGACAUAAUUUAGUAGUCUCCCAAAUAUUUAAUGGUACCUGCUUCUCUCUGUGCAGCAGUUGUAGCAAAAUCUUUGCUUGCCAAAAGGUUAAUGUACAUUUAUAUUCACUUAUAUACAGUUCAAAUUUCUAAAAAAGCAACAUUAUUAUAACUCAGUCUCAGUAGGUAAUAGGAUCUCAUUUGUUUUGGCAAUCAGAUGCUUUUGAUACUGUAUUCUUAUGGAUGCUGGCCUUGGAAGUAGUGAAGAUUUGUAUAUAUUACAGAAAUCUUGCAAUAAUAGACAUACCAGGCUCUCAGCCCAUAUCAUUGUACACUUUUAACAACUGAGAACUACUCCUUUCUCAUUAGCCUCCCUUCCUGACAGCAGAAGCUAAAUUCUCUAAUACUCUUGGGUGUAUUUGACAUGCAGUUAGAAAGUCACCAGUUCUCAGUCUGACUUGUUUGCUUUUCUUGUGUGUUUUGCCAGUAGCGAAGGAGCACUGCAUAGAGGUACACUCUGCCAUUCCAUCUCCAAUGGGGAAAUUAAAAUAGUCUUGCUAAACUUGAAAUGUGCUUCCUGCUGCACAGUGAUGGAGUUUUAUUGCUGUAAGCUGUAGAAACUUGUGCAGCCUAAAUUGAGAUUAAUACGCAGUGUUGAAUUCUGCAGGGAUGGAUUAACAAAGCUAGAUAUGUUGACCUGCUCUAUACCGGGUAAGACAUAACUGAUUUAGUUGAAAGGCUUUGCAUGCUUCAGAUAAUUUUACAUUUACUGGCAUAAAGUAGAAGUACAGAUUUUGCUGAUCACUUGUUUUUGAGAUUAAGUGUAUUGCCUUUCCUGAAGUAGGGCAGCAAACAUGGUCAGUAGUUGCUAUUUGCCAGGGCAAUAAUUUGAAACAUUGACUGCAGACAAUCUCAAUCAUACAUUGAUAAAGUUGGAAAAUUUUUUUGGGAAUAUGUCUGUAAUAUAUUGACACUCCCAUAUUUGAUAAGUAACUUUUUUAAUCUGUAUUUUUUUAAGUGAUCCUGCUAGUGACCAUGAUAACUAUUUAAUUCAGAAUACAUAAUUUACAGAUUGAUUUUUCUCCCUAAUUUUAUGUACAAUUGGCUUUCAAUUUGUUGAGACAGAGCCAGUGAAAUGGUUACAAAAUUAACCUUUUAUGUAUUAACCAGAUGUAAUUUCAUUCCAAGAGCAAAAAAGUAAACAUUCCUUUUUGGUAACACACCAGUACCAUUCUCACAGGUACUGGUGCAGGUACUGUGUGCAUUUGUACUUGACCAGCCCUGGCAGCGCAAUGUUGGGUGAUGGCAUCCUAAGUCUUCUGCAGUCCUGACCCAGCCUAUAAACUAUCUACUGCUACUUGGUUCUUAUUAAUAGCACUGGACAUGUUUGGAUGUUAAGUCGUUGUCCUGUGCUAGACUGGGAUGGUGCGAUGUGGUUUCUAUUUAAAUGAAGAUUAAUGGCUGACAUUUAAGUUGGUGCAAUGCUUUCGUACCCAUGUAUUUUGUGUUUAAUUAUAGUUGCACUUCUUUGCUGUUCACAGUAGCUGGCACUGUUGUUCCAUUAUUGGCAAACACCAGAGCUCAGCUGACAUUUAUACAAGUGUACACCCGGACACACUAGUAAAAUGCAGAAACCAAAAACUGGAUGUUUGAUCCCUAACUAGCUGACAGACUGGCAUCCUGAAAUGUACUACAACAGCUUUUUAGCAUGGCAUGACAUGCAAUUUUAUUUCAAGAAGGCUAAAACUCAUUGCUGAGUCUUAAUGACAUUUCAGUAUCUCUUAGCUUUGUAUUACAUGUGCUCAUUUCACACACAUUUUACAAAUUCCACACAGCUGUAAUUAGAUGAAAUUAUAUCCAUUAUUCUAUAUACAAUGAUUUAGACUAGAAUAAUUGUUUUAGAUUGUACAGCAAGCUGAAACUAAAUUGCUUGGAGUUGGGUUGGACAUAGGGUAUUCAUAGAUUUUCCUCUGCUGGCAUUGUAUUUCCUCAUGUAAUUAUACCAAAUUUAUUAGGCACCAAUAUUGCUGUUAGUGAGAACCUGAUGAAAAGUUGGUCAUUUCAGCUAUCUGUGCAAUGUGCACAGUACAAAUAAUUAGAUGUAACUUGCAUGUUUUUAGCAGCUUAUCCAUGCACUUUUCAAGAUGCUGUGUUGUGUGAAUAAGGUGCAUAAAAAUCUGUGUAUAAACAAAGACUAGUUGUGUGUUGAGGGCCUCAUGACUUUCACUUGAGUAGAUGUUGGCAGGGGCCAGUUCCAUUUUACUGCAAUUGAAGUAAUAGUUUUUGCAGGGUGGGAGUGGUGGUGAUUUUUGUUUGGUAUCGGAGUAAUGCCUCGAGUAAUCAUGCUCUAGCAAUUAUGAAUGUCAUGUCCAAUUCUUCUGGUUGUGGCAGUGAGUCACAUUUAUUGAGCUUUUGUUAAAUAGAAAACUGCAAAUUGGACUUUUGAGUAACUUUUAAUGCCUGAUGUUAAUUAGAAUUCCUCUUCUAAUGAGUUAAUUCCUGUUUCAUCAACUUAAACUUGCUUGGGAAUUAAGAGUUGAGAGUACGGCUGAAAUGUAUUAACCUAAUUUGGUUUGAUAAUCUGAGCAUGGACAAAAUUAAGUCAGCUGCUUAUUGGAGGUGUCCUUCCAAAUAUACUGCUAUGUUGCAUGGAUGAAAUCUAUUACUUUAUAUUUAAUUUUUUCUUUUAUCUUGAUAAUUGAAAAAAUUAGCAAAGUAGAUGAAUGUUAUCCCAGGAUUGAGUUUACCAUUACUUUUGAUUACCAGUAAGAGUGACAUUAACACCGUAUUCCAGUAAUUUUGAAACUUAGUGUCCAACUGCAACAACCAAAUCACCCAGCGGAUUAUCUUUGGCUUGCUGCACAUUCUUAAGGUUUUUAUUUACCUAAAUAAUUUUAUUAUAAAGCAGCUGAUAAAUUUAUUGAAUAAUCUGAUGCAGUUGAAGCUUUAUCUAUCGUGUGCAAUCAGAACUGUACGUACCAACGACCACGGUUUAAUGUAGUUUGCCUUAGCUAUCUUAUGUGGGGAUCAGAGACAUCCUCAGCUAGCUUACCUACAAAGAAAUUACAAAGUGAGAAUACAGUGUGAUAAUAUGUAGAUUAUCCAAGGACCAUUUUUUGUAUUGUUCCCAAUGACUGUAUAAGAUCAGAUGUAUGUGCUAAAAUAAUCCUUUUGUUAUAGAGUGUCCUAAUGACGACAGGUCAAGCAAUAAAAGUUAAUUCUUAAAAAGAAAA